UUUGUAGCAUCAGAAUCAGAUUUUCGUGCCGCUUUUUGUCAGACUAGCAGUUGUCCUAAAGACAAGUCCAAAUAAAACCUAAACAUAAUGUGCUUGUGUGUUUCAGGGUGAGACGUGAGUAAGAGUUCUAUAAAUAGUCGGAACCUGACUCCAUUCCCAGAAUAAAGCAAUUAACCCUCAGUUAAAUCUCCCCAACACACACGCUACUGUCUACAGCUUUAACAACUGCGCAGACACAAGACGAAACUGAAAGCUUCCAGAGAAAUCGGUGAUGUAAUCCAGAAGACAAAUGGCAUCUCACGGGUUGAAGAUUGGUCUGAAGGCAGAUGUUCCUGAGGAAAAACAGGAAUAUGUGACACCCAGUAACUACGAGCUGGAGAAGCUGCUAGCACGUGGCACUGUAGCAUACACACCCGUCAACGAAGUGUGGCCCAACGUCUUUAUAGGAGACGAGCAGACAGCGCGGAACCGUUAUGGCUUACAGAAACUGGGUGUGACUCAUGUUCUGAAUGCUGCAGAGGGUGAGAGGAACAGUGUGUGUACUGGAGCUGGUUACUAUAGCAACAUGGACAUAGAGUACUAUGGGAUUGAGGCAGACGACAUUCCUUCAUUCAACAUGAGUGUGCACUUCUUCACCAUGGCCGAGUAUAUGAGACGUGUCCUGAGUAAUGCGCAGAACAAGCUGCUGGUACACUGUGUAAUGGGACGCAGUCGCUCAGCCACACUGGUCCUCGCCUACCUGAUGAUCGAAGAGAAGAUGACGCUGGUGGAGGCCAUCGAGCAGGUGAAGUGCCAUAGACAGAUCAUCCCUAACUGGGGCUUCCUGAAGCAGCUGCGGGACCUCGACGCCUUCCUUCUGGAGCAGAGGAGUGAACACACACACACGCAGACUGCAGACAGCACUGAUCGGAUUAAACACCAACAAUAAAACCCCUGUCAGAUGUU